CAGGUUCGUUCAUUUCCGUCAUAGCAAAGUCCUUGAUGAUGGUAAUCUGAUCUCAUGUUCAUGUUGAGCAGGUCUUCAACUAUAGAUCAGUAAAGUCUCCUUCAUCUUACUGUGGAAAUAUGGAUUUAUUGUCAUAUAAUAUGGUGUAUCAUUCGAAAAAAAAAAAUCAAUAUUUCUAACGUAAAACUGCUCGAAACAUCGCUUAUUUGUAGAUCAUGACCUGCUCAACAUGAAUAUGAAUUACGAUUUUUGUUUUGGUUUUAGACUUUGUUCUGGUGAAGUCGGGGGUCUACCGUAAGGACUGAAGUAUCCGUGCAACAGACUAUUGGAGCUGCGUCAAACCGAACUGCGCUUUCCCUCCGGUGACGGGUGUCUGAUGCUCUUAAACUGACUGACACGCAAGCCUCUCAACACCGGCAGUGGAGCGGGAAUGUCAACUCAAAUAUGUGGGGCAAUGGCUCUCUUCAGCUUCCCCCCAAACUGACGCUUGGGCGCAGCGUCAUAACCUCAUCUUUGUCCGGCGCCAUGUUUGGAGUUUCCAGCUGAGUGACGCGAGUGCGCGGCCAUGUGCGUCACAUGCGCGUUCACGCCGAGAAGAGCUGAUUGACAAGUCGGUCGCCUCCUCGAACUCCAGCGGAUCUCCUGAAGUUCUCCCGUGUCCUGCUCCCUGCUGCCGCCUCCAGCCUCUCUGCACUUCCUGUUCUGCUGGCUGUAGUUGGGGGGUGUUCACAUGUGUCUCCACUCCAGAUGUGGAAGUCAACAGCCGGCCACAGCGUGAGCGUCAAGGCGUCUGCGAGGGAUGACGACUGGGAGACCGACCCCGACUUUGAGAAUGACGUGUCGGAGCAGGAGCAGAGGUGGGGGGCCAAGACCAUCGAGGGCUCGGGCCGCAAGGAGCCCAUCAGCGUGGCUGAGCUGAGACACACGGUGGCUUCAGAGCACGAGCAGGGGAAGCAGAAGGAGCAGACUCCCAAGGCCUCCUACGGAUAUGGCGGGAAGUUUGGAGUGGAGAGAGACCGGAUGGACAAGGCCGCUGUGGGUCACGACUAUGUGGCGCGGGUGGAGCAGCACUCGUCCCAGAAAGACGCUGCGCGAGGGUUUGGCGGGAAAUAUGGCGUCCAGCAAGACCGAGUGGACAAGUCUGCCUUGACUUUUGACUACAAAGGAGUGGUGCAGAAACACGCGUCCCAGAGAGACUACUCAAAGGGCUUCGGCGGGAGGUUCGGCGUGGAGAGGGAGAAGGUGGACAAGUCUGCGCUGGGAUUCGACUACAAAGGAGAGACAGAGAAACACGAGUCUCAGAGAGAUUACUCUGCCGGGUUCGGGGGCCGUUACGGGGUGCAGAAGGACCGCAUGGAUAAGAGCGCAGCCGCCUUCUCUGACAUGGACUCGCCCUCCUCGGCCUACGAGAAGACCCAGCCCUUCGAGGCCUCCAGCUCAGGUGCAGGGAAGCUGAAGGCUCAGUUCGAGAGCCUGGCUCGGGCCUCGGACCGGGAGAACCUGAGGAGAGUGGAGGAGGAGCGAGCGAGGAGGAGGGCCAGGGAGAGGAGCGAGAGAGAGGAGGCGCUGCUGCGGCAGCAGAAGCAGGAGCUGGAGGAAGAUGUUCCUCAGCCCGAGGAGGAAGAUGUUCCUCAGCCCGAGGAGGAAGAUGUUCCUCAGCCUGAGGAGGAAGAUGUUCCUCAGCCUGAGGAGGAGGCGCGUCCAGAGCUCCAGCCCCACACUAGAGAAGUGGAGGAGCUGCCAGAGAUCGAGGAGGAACCCGAGUACGACGACGUCCCGCCUCUGCCUCCACGUGCCCAAGACUCUCUUGACGCCCUGGGGCCUCCUCUUCCUACCCGAUGUUCAGACGGCGAGGAGCUGUAUGAAGAUGUCCUGGAAGCCCCGCCCCCUGCUCCCUCAGAUGGAGAGCCAGACUACGAGGACACUCUGGCCGGGCUCACGGCGACGGCGCUGUAUGACUACACCGGAGAAGGCGACGACGAGCUCUCCUUCUACCCCGAUGACGUCAUCACCAACAUCGAGAUGAUCGACGAGGGCUGGUGGAGGGGCCAGUGUCGGGGCCACUUCGGUCUCUUCCCUGCCGCUUAUGUGCAGCUUCAUUAGAAGGUCGGCGACCAGGGUGAAGCCCGGGGCUCAAGGUCACCUGAAGGACUGAGACUGAGGAGAUGUCUGAGGGAUCUGCUGCUGCAGAGCUUGCUGAACAGCAAACGCGAAGCAACGAUUGAUUA